AUGGGCUGGCUCUUCCUCCUCCUGGCCCUCGCCGCGCCGCCGCCCGCGCGGCCGCUGCGCGCGAUCGUCAUGCGCGAGUCGCUCGCGGCGCCCUUCGUGCACUCGAACGAACUGGGCGACCGCCAGGCGUCGCCGCUCUGGGAGCUCUCGGGCGGGGCGCGGGUCUGGGAGCACUUCGUGCGGCUCACGGGCGGCGCGGCGCGGCGCGGCGCGCUCUGGUCCCGCGUGCCGCUGGGCGAGGUGGCGGUGGUGGGCGAGCUCGCGCUGCGCGUCCAGGGCGAGGGCGCGGCGCCCGUCGACCCCGCGCGCGCGGCGGGCCUGGCGCUGUGGGUCGCGCGGCGGCCCGAGGACGCGCCGUCACUCGAAGCGGCGUUCCGCGCGGCGCCGCUCGUCGACGACGCGCGCGUCGUGCCCGACGCCGCCGCCGUCGGCGUCGUGCUCUCGGCCGGCGCGGCGCGCGUCGUCGUCAGGGACGACCGCGGCGUCGUCGGCGUGGCCGGGUCCUGCCGCUGCGACCUGCGCACGCGCACGGCGCCGGGCGCGGACCUCGCGCGGGCGACGCGGACCGUGCGCCUCGAGGUCGUCGCCGGCGCGCCGCUCGUCGAGGACGGCGAGGCCUUCCCGCAGCCGGGCUUCGCGCGGCUGACCGUCGUCGCCGCGCGGCGGCCCGGCCAGCGCCGCGCCGCGACGCUCUGCGACUUCCGCGUGGACCUCGACGCGCUGCACGACCGCGCGUGGAUGCGCGCGGCGCGGCUCGGCCUCGCGGCCGCGGCGCCGGCGCCGGACCCGGCCGACGCGCCGGGCGACGGCCUGCGGCCGCCGGACCGCCAGGACGUGCUCGCGCUCACGCUGCGGCGCCAGGCGGCGUCGGACGCCGACCGCGACCCGGUCGCGCCGGGCUACGCGCGGCACUCGCCGGCCGUGGACCCCGAGCGCGCGGACGCGCUCGAGCGCGGCGUCGACGCCGUGCUGCACGGCAUCGAGGACGUCGAGGCGUCCUACGAGCACGAGCUCAUCGCCGUGCGCGACGACUUGAGGCGGACGCUCGCGGAGCUCAUCGCGGCGCGGACGAGCGCGGCGCGGCGCCUCGCGGCCCUCGAGGCGCGCGCGACGGCGGCGGCGACGUCGGACCUGGACCGGCGCGUCGCGAGGCUCGAGGGCCUCGUCGCGCGCGGCACGGACGCCAAGUACCGCGCGCUGGAUCGGAAGCUCGCGGGCGCCGCGCGGCGCGCGGCCCAGACGUCGCUCGCGCGGCGGUGGCGCCUCUGGCGGCCCGCGUUCCUGAGCUUCGUCGUGGUCUUCGCGGUCUGGGCGGCGAAGAUGCGCGGCUUCUACAAGUGGGUCAAGCGGACGCACAUGCUCUAG